AUGGCUCCUGCUUUCCAACCUCCUUAUUCUAUUCCAGUGCCUGGUGCUGUUCAAAAAGAGGGCGAGACCGUGCCUCACCGUCAUUUCAAAUUCGCAGAUAAACUUGUUGAUCAUCCUGAAAAUGUCUAUACUUUGUGGGACAUGUAUCUUCAUGGCUACAAGCUGGCUGGUGACAGACCAUUCAUGGGUACCCGUCGUAUUGAGAACGGUGUUGCCAAAGAAUACGUUUGGCAAAGUCAUCCCGAAAUUUACAAGCGUAUUGAAAACUACGGUAAAGGUCUAAUCCAACUUGGCUUGAAACGUCAACAAGCUAUUGGUGUCUAUGCUGUGAACAGACCUGAAUGGACCAUGACAGAACUCACUGCUUACAGACAAGCUUUCAUCAUUGUCGCGCUCUAUGAUACUUUGGGUGCCGAGGCAAUGGAAUACAUUGUUAACCAAGUUGACAUGGAGUUUAUCGUUUUGAGCGCCGAUAAGCUUGCCAAUAUCACCAAGCUUAAAGGCCAGCUUCCAUCUAUCAAGACGGUCAUUAUCAUGGAUGAUACAAUUGAAGCUUCAGCCAAGCAAUCUGCAGAAUCUGCAGGUUUAGCUGUUUAUACCUUCAAAGAGGUAGAAGCAUUAGGCGCUCCUAUUACCGAAGAAACUGAAUUAGCUAAAGCAGAUGAUAUUGCAACAAUUUGUUAUACCAGUGGUACCACAGGUGUUCCCAAAGGUGUUGUCUUGACUCAAGCAGCUAGUGUAGCAGCCAUUUCUGGUAUUUCUGCUGUGGGUGACAAAGGAACAUUUGCCUUGAUCACAAAGGAAGAUGUCUACAUUUCUUAUCUCCCUCUUGCUCAUGUAUUUGAACGUGCUGCUCAAGGUAUUCAUUUGUUCAAGGGUGCAGCUCUUGGUUAUUAUCAGGGCGACACUCUCAAAUUAUUGGAUGAUAUUGCUGAAUUGAAGCCAACCGUUUUUUGCUCUGUCCCUCGACUUUUCAACCGUAUUUACGAUAAAGUGUUGGCUGGUGUCAAGGCCAAGGGUGGCGUCUCUGCCUAUCUCUUCAACUCUGCUUUCAAUGCAAAGAAGGCCAACCUCAACAAAUCUGUCAAUCACUGGCUUUGGGAUCGUGUUGUUUUUGCUGGUAUUCGUCAAAAAUUGGGCGGUCGUAUUCGAUUUAUCCUUAGUGGUUCUGCACCUGUUUCCCCCGAUGUAAUGGAUUUCAUGCGUAUUUGCUUUUCUGCCAAGGUGUUUGAGGGCUACGGACAAACCGAGAACUUCUGUGCUGGUUGCUUGACCAUCUCGGAUGACAAUACUUCUGGUGUAGUUGGUGUACCCUUCCCAUGUUCUGAAAUCAAAUUGGUAGAUGUACCAGACAUGGAAUACCAUGCCACAGAUAAGCCUUAUCCUCGUGGUGAGAUUUGUAUUCGUGGUAACUCAUUAAUGCGUGAAUAUUACAAAUCGCCUGAAAAGACGGCAGAGACAAUUGAUCAAGAUGGUUGGUUACAUACUGGUGAUAUUGGUCUAUUUGAUUCUGCAAACCGUGUAGUCAUUAUUGAUCGUCUCAAGAACAUUUUCAAAUUGUCUCAGGGUGAAUACAUUGCUCCGGAAAAAAUUGAAGGUGUCUAUCAAAAGCACGAGCUGGUAGCCCAAGCCUAUGUCUAUGGUGAUUCCAUGCAAGCUUCUUUGGUAGGCGUUGUUGUCCCCGACAAGGAUUCUUUCCCUGCAUGGUUGGCCAAGAACCAUGCUUCUGUCAAUGCAGAUGAAGCGCUUGAAAAUGAGGAUGUCAAGAAGGAUUUACUAAAGACCUUGAACGCAUAUGGUAAACAAAACGAUCUCAAGGGCUUCGAGCAAAUCAGAGCUAUUUACUUGACCAACGAUGAAUUCACUAUUGAUAACGAUCUCUUGACACCUACAUUCAAAUUGAAGCGUGAAACUGCAAAGAAGGUGUACCAAUCCCAAAUUGAGGCCAUGUAUGCUACUUUGUCUAAUGGAAGAGCUUUCAACUAA